AUGGAGGGAAACAAUAAGACCAUCACCACAGAUUUUAUCCUCUUGGGGCUCUGGCCUGAGUUUAGCCACCUUGUGGUCCUUAUCUGCUUCAUUCUUAUGGUUUACCUUAUGGCUGUAAUGGGCAAUGCUGUUCUCAUUCUCCUCAUCUGGUUGGAUUCUCGACUCCACUCUCCUAUGUACUUCUUGCUCAGCCAGCUCUCCCUUAUUGAUGUGGCCUUGAUCUCAACUACAGUCCCCAAAAUGGUCACCAACUUCUUCUCAGGGAAAAGGACCAUAUCACAGAUUGGCUGUGGAGCUCAGAUUUUAUUCAGCUUAACCUUGGGAAUUUCUGAGUGCCUUCUACUGACUCUCAUGUCCUAUGACCGCUACAUUGCUAUCUGCAAUCCACUACGUUACUCAAUCUUGAUGAGCCAUACCAUCUGUAAACAGAUGGUUGUUGGGUCCUGGGCAGGAGGGGCGAUAACUUCCCUGGUUCAUACAGCCUAUGUCAUGCACUUAGCCAUUUGUCAUCCUCGAGAGAUCCCACACUUCUUGUGUGAGGUCAUGGCACUCCUUAAGCUCACUUGUGAGGACAUUUCAGCCUAUGUGAAGUCAGUGGUGGUCUCAAGCUUUCUGGUGGUCCUCAUCCCUCUGAGUCUCAUCCUGGCUUCCUACAUCCACAUAUUCCUUGCCGUCCUCCGCAUGAACUCCCUUGAAGGGAAAAACAAGGCCUUGGCCACAUGCUUCUCCCACCUCUGUGUGGUCAGUCUCUACUUUGGCCCUGCCAUAUUAGUCUAUAUGAGGCCAGGAUCCUUUAAAACUCCCAAAAUAAACCAGUCCCUUUUUAUGUUUAAUGCCAUUCUUACUCCUAUGCUUAAUCCCCUCAUCUAUAGCCUGAGAAACAAGGAUGUCAUAGCAGCUCUGAAGAAUAUAAUCAUCAGUAGAAUCCUCCUAAAAAAGAUGAAAAGACAGCUAGGUUGCCAUACAUAA